UCAUCCACCAAUCGUCUCCCGCUACUAGUCACCAGCAGACGAGCCACAGUAUGGAGACACUCGGGCAGAGGUGGACGCGUUGUGUUUCCAACAGGCAGAGCCGAGCCGCUCAGUGCGCAGUGACAGCGGAAUAAAAAGAAGAGAAGAAGAAGAAGAAGAGGAAGACGAAGCCCAGGCACACAGACGCAUAGAAAGUUUUUUCGUGGGACGAGGAUCUCUUCGGCGCGGUUUUCUUUCACACUGAACGUCAUCCUGGUCCAUGGGUUCAAGUUGCACAUAGGGGAGCAGGCAGCAAGUUUUCUUUUUCUUUUUCUUUUUUUUUUUUCUUCCAAUGGACAGACACUUGGAGAAGGCUGGCGCAACAAGCAUGGGAUUAUUUUUGUAAUGUGGAUUGCUAUCGCCUUGCAAGAAAAUAAGGGUCUGCUGCGGAAAAAUGUGAGACGUUCCGCGUCUUGGAUUCUCGUGUUUCUGGAUAUUCUGAAAAUCAUUGGCAACAGUUGAAGAAAAAAAAAAAAGGAAGGAACAACAACAGCAAAACAAAAAGAAAAAGGAGAGAAGUUAUGUGCAAAGGAUUGUAUGCUCCGACCCCGGGACCAACAUGGAUUUGCCAUUACACCCCCCUGCCCCUCAUGUAGACAAGUUUUAGCCGGUCCGCUUGUGUUGUUGUACUUGUUGUUGUUUGAGGACAAAUCGCCAGAAUUUGUCCUCUUUGGAUUUCAAAGCGACGGCUGCCUGUUUUUUUUGGAUUUAGAUUCCCCCAACACCAUGAACUUUAUUGACAGUUUGACACUAUUAUUUUUGACGCUGUCAGCUGUCAAGAGUGCCCACAUACCGAAGGCAACAGAAAGAGGUCCACAUGACGUGAUCCCUUUAAUGGAGGUGUACAACAAGAGUUUGUGUCAGCCUCGGGAGCUGCUGGUGGAGAUUCUGCAGGAGUACCCGGAGGAGGUCGAGCACAUCUUCAUCCCGUCCUGCGUGGUGUUGACGCGCUGCGCCGGCUGCUGCAAUGACGAGAUAAUGCAGUGCAUGCCCACGUCCAGCUAUAACAUUACAAUGGAGAUUAAAAGAAUAAAACCCCAAAGGGGACAAAAUGAUAUUUUCAUGAGUUUUACAGAACACAGCGCAUGUGAGUGUAGGUUAAAGAAAGAAGUGAAAGAACAGAAAGAAAAAAAACCCCGGAAAGGCAAGGGCAAAGGCCUAAAGAGAAAACGAAAGAAAAACCGUGACAAAACAAUUCACGAUGCUCUUUGUGAGCCAUGUUGCAGUAACUGCCAAGAGAGGAGAAAGCGCUUGUUCGUGCAGGAUCCCGAGACCUGCCGGUGCUCCUGUAAACACACAGACGAACACUGCAAAGAACGCCAGCUAGAGCUCAACGAGAGGACCUGCAAAUGUGACAAGCCAAGAAGAUGAGAGAGGUGGCGGCACCAGAUGUACAAGAUGAAGGAAUAUUCUAGCGAUAUUUCACAGCACAGCACUUUGACCUUUGAACCGUAAGCUCUUCUUUUCUGUGGAAAGCAUUCCCGUGGACUGACCGAGAGAGAGAGAGAGAGAGAAAAAAAAAAACAAGAGACAGAACUGAAGUUUCCUCCCACUGUAUAUCUGUGUGUAUAUAGACCAUGAUAAAAGAAAAAAAAAAGAGUACAGAAUUGUUAUGCUGCUACAGAAACGAAUCACUAAACCCAUCAUUUGACAAAAAAGCAAAAUAGCCGCCAUGUGGUUUUGCAUUUCUAACAGGCUUGUGAUGCAGGUGUAGUCUUGUUGUCAAUUCAUUGUAUGCAAUUACUUCACUGGAUAUGAGUCUACUGUGGUUGUGUGUCAAUCAUAAAAUUGCAAAACCUCUCAAUCUGAGAUAUAUUUAACUGCUAAAACAGCGGGUGAGGCUGAAGAGGACGUGGGAGCGCUCUCAUCUCGACGCUUCUCACAUGAAUGGAUGGAUUGUUCGUCUACUUUUUUUGCUUUUUGGACUAUACGAGCAGGACGACCGGGACAUCCGAUGAACAACUCUGUCGUGGUAUUGCCUCCUUUCCUGCGAGGACUGACUCUGGACUUUAUUUACAAUAUUGUGAUCAGCUCGCAGGAGAAGAGACUUUCUGGAGUGCCAUAUACUUUUUAAAGGGAUACUGGUUGUUAAUAUAGCAUCUGAUGUUUUGCUAUACCCCACAUGAAAACCACUGAAAACAUCCUAUACUGUAGUUUGAUUCCAUUUUGAAAAAAGAAACUGUGCCUCACGAAAAUGUACUGAGAAAUCUUUCGAGUGCUUUUUAAAUUAUUUUUUGUUUCCUUCAUCAGGAGAGGGGAUUGUCGACGUAGUCUUGUUAGUUUGUUGAACUCAAUAAGAAUCCAUUGAUUACAUAUCUUCUUCUCUGAACUUGUACAUACUUAAUAUGCCUUUAUGCCAUAGUCCAUUCUAGAUAAUUUAUAAUGUUAUAGAGUAUUUUUCAGUAUUCAGUCUUCUACCCAUAUUUAAUUUGGUCUAUUUAUACUGUAUAUGCAGUGUUAUGUACCUGUAGCUGUCCUCUCUCCCCUUCAUGUGUAAGGUCACUGAUGGCUACUCUCAGCACGAGACUCUCCGUGCUUUUCUACGACACACAACGGAAAAAAAAAACACGACAACAACAACAACAAAAAAAAACAAAGCAUCAAAAAAUGAUUUGUUAACAUUCCCUGAAUGGAUCAUUUGUACUGGUGUGCUGAUGACAUCUCUGGAUUUUUUUUCAACCCCUCUCUUAUCUAAGGUUGCGGGUGAUGUGUAGACAUUUUUAACAUGUGUUUGCGUCCAUGUGUGCGUGUAAGAGUGUGUGUUCACAUGCACACGUCAUGUGUGUAGGUGUUAGUAAGUUGUAUUUAAGUAUUUAAAGAAGUAGCGGACCUGUGUUUCGUCCGUCCUGCAAGAUGCAAAUACGAAUAAACUACUGCUAGCAGCUCAGCGUACACUACCACGACACCACCACCGAUUUUAAAAUUUGGAUCUGCCAUCAGUCUUAGAGCCCUCAUUAUUAGUUCUCUUUGUCUCUUCUUCUCACUAUUAACAUGUCUUCUGUGUCUAUGUAUAACACUAAAGCAUAUUUAUUUUCAAAUUAUAUUGUUUUUAUAUAAAAUAAGGAAAAGGUUGCUGUGUUGUGAAUGCUGUGUUUUCAAGAGGUUUCAUAAAGGCAACGUCACGUUUUCCAUGUUUCUGUGCGGGAGGACAGAGGAAAAGAAAGAUCAGCGAGAAAAGACAAAAAAAGACAUCCCUGCACGCUUUUCAUGACAGACGGACAGAUAUUCAGCCUAACGAAUAAAAUGGCACUUUGAA